AUGGACGAGACCGAGCCGUUGCUGUCAAACCAAUCACAGCCAAAGCACUACUUCCAGGACGAUGGCAAACACAAGAUCGUCGACUUUGAUCCCAAUGGCGACCCGGAGAACCCAAUGGAGUGGCCGGCAUGGUACAGAUGGUGUAUUGUACUUCUGCUAGCAUUUAUGGCAUUCACAGUAACAUUCACCUGCAUCGGCAUCGUCCCCUCCGCGCGCGACGUCGUCCUCGACCUCGAAGGCCACACCGACAAAUCCGCCAGCGUCCUCUUCGUCACCAUCUGGGAGCUCGGCGAAGCCGCCGGCCCGCUCUUCAUCGCCCCCCUCUCCGAAGUCUACGGCCGCUACCCCGUCUACAACGUCUGCAACACCCUCUUCAUCCUCAGCACCGUCAUCACCGCGCUAAGCCAGGACGUCGGCCUGCUCAUCUUCUCCCGCUUCCUGACCGGCUGCGCCGUGGCGAGUAAUGUCCUUAACCCGGCUAUCGUAGGCGAUAUCUUCCCCUCCGCUCACCGCGGAAGCGCAAUGUCAGCCGUCAUGCUCGCCCCUUUACUCGGCGGCGCCAUUGGCCCAUCAACCGCCGGCGCUCUGGCCGAAGCAACAGGCUGGCGCGAGAUAAUGUGGCUAUCCACCUGCCUCGCCAUUGCCGCCGAACUCGCUUACCUCUUUCUCCUGAACGAAACGUACCAAGUCCCCAUCCUGCAACGCCGCGCAGCUCGUCUACGAAAAGAAACCGGCGACGACAGCUACAGAUCGAAAUACGACCUCGAAGGCACCGCCUCCCUCCGCUCCCUCACAACCUCCAUGCUCCGCCCGCUCUGGGUCUUCUCUAGCUCCGUAGUCCUGCAGAUCCUCUCCCUCUGGGGCGCAAUGGUGUUUUCCUUCUUCUACAUCAUGUCCACCACGCUCCCGGACAUGCUGGAAGACGUCUACCACUUCGACGCUGCGAUGCGGGGGCUAGCCUUCCUCUCCUUCAGCGCUGGAUCCGUCUUCGGCAUCCUCGCCUGCAACCUUCUCGUCGACAGACUGUACACCCGCCUCCAACCUCACGACUCCCGUACGCCGUACCCAGAAGCCCGACUCCCCCUCACCAUAACCGGAGCGCUCAUCCUCCCAUUCACCGUCGCGCUUUACGGCUGGUCCGCUUCCGCGUCCUGGCCCGUCUGGGUCCUCUUACUCUCCGUCGUGCUGCAGGGUUUCGCGUGCAUGAUGUGCAUCGUGCCCAUGCUAACGUACGUGACGGACGCUUUUGGGCUGGUUUCUGCCAGUGCGCUCACGGCGGUGCUGGUUACGCGAUGUUUGGCGGGGACGUUUUUGCCGUUGGGGACGGCGCCGUUGGUGGGGAAGCUGGGGUGGGGGUGGGGGUUUACAGUGUUGGCGGGGGUCUGUGGGGGGUUGGCGCCUAUACCCCCGCUUGUGAUGAGGUAUGGAAGCCGAUGGCGGCAGAGGUCGCAGUAUAGUCAGGACGGCGACGAUCAAGGAUGA